CUAGAUUCAAUAAAGGCAGUGUUGCCAUCCUCCCUCCAAAUACCACCACAACUCCCCCGCAAUGCCCUCCUCCCGACGACCAAUCUAUCUCAACCCAGCCGCUGCAAACGAGCGCUGCACUUUCCCCGCUGUCGACGGUCUUGAGCAGUUUCACAAGUCUCUCCCAAAUUAUAAUCCCACACCGUUAGUCCCACUUCCUCAACUCGCGACAGAGCUCGGAGUGCGCUCAGUUUUCGUGAAGAAUGAAAGUAACCGGUUUGGUCUACCAUCUUUCAAAGUCCUAGGUGCUUCGUGGGGAUGUUAUCGAGCCGUCGCAUCGCAUCUGGGACUUUCGCCCACUGUCGACUUUGAUGAGCUAUCAGCCAAAGCAAAGGCUGUUCCUAUUAGCUUGUUUACGGCUACGGAAGGGAACCAUGGAAGGGCUGUCGCUUUUAUUGCCAGACUUUUGUCUCUCGAUUCUCAUAUCUAUGUUCGAAAAACCAUGGACGAUAAAACACGCAGUUUUAUCGAAGGUGAAGGAGCGCGAGUGCAUAAGGUGGAUGGGGAUUACGAUACUGCCGUGCAGGAGGCGACCGAUGCUGCUAGGAGGACUGACGGUGGCCUUUUGAUUCAGGAUACAGCCUUGGAAGGAUACAAGGAGAUUCCUGGAUGGAUUGUGGAGGGGUACUCGACCAUGAUGGGGGAGAUUGAGACUCAAUUAUCUGAGUUAGGUCUGCAGAGCAGCGUCAUAGUUACUCCCGUUGGGGUUGGCAGUCUUGCACAGGCUGUGACGAUGCAUUGCAAGUCCCAAUCUAACCCGACUACUGUGGUUACAGUCGAACCUGACUCGGCACCCUGUCUUUACUCCAGUUUGAAAGCCGGGAGUUUGGUCUCCGUCAAAACAUCUUCAACGAUCAUGGACGGCAUGAAUUGUGGAACAGUCUCGCUGACUGCUUGGCCAUACCUGCAACGUCUUGUUGAUGCUUCUGUGACGGUUUCUUGUCAUGAAAGCCAUUCCGCGGUACAGUAUCUUGCAUCGACGUCGGUGGCCGCUGGUCCCUGUGGGGCUGCAUCGUUGGCAGCAUUACGACAGUUAGCUGCCACCAGAGAGACUGGAUCUCCUCUUGCUAGCGACUCUGUCGUCGUUCUCCUCUGCACUGAAGGUACACGCGAGUAUGCCACCCCUCUGGAUGUAUCUCCAGAAGACGCAGUUUCCCUCACACAAAUGCUCACGGCUAUCGACUCAUCGAACCCUACGCUCUCGGUUGCGGACGGUGUUGGGGAAAGCAAAAUAGUGGAAUAUAUGGAGGCAUGGUUUCAACAUCGAGGGAUUGAGUAUCACCGGAUUGAAACAGUCCCGGGGCGGCCAUCAAUUGUGGGCGUUUUGCGUGGAACUGGCGAAGGCAAGUCGUUGAUGUUCAACGGCCAUCUCGAUACUGUCAGCCUCGCAAGCUACGAGAGAGACCCGCUUUCCGGCUUACUGGGGGAGAAGAAUGGUCGUCCGGUCGUCUUUGGAAGAGGUAGUCUGGACAUGAAAGGAGGCCUUGCCGCCGCCCUCACGGCCAUGUCUGCAACGAUUACCAGCGGCCGCAUUCCGAAGGGCGAUGUGAUCAUUGCUGCCGUUUCCGAUGAGGAAGACGCCUCGCAAGGGACCCAAGACGUGAUUGCUGCUGGAUGGCGCGCAGAUGCAGCUAUCAUUCCCGAGCCCACGAUGGGAUCAAUCAUCACCGCCCACAAAGGAUUUCUGUGGGUAGAGGUCGACAUCCUAGGCGUCGCUGCCCAUGGAUCCAUGCCAUUUGAGGGAGAAGAUGCAAUUUUGAGUGCUGGAUGGUUUCUGCGAGCAAUUGAAGAAUAUCAGAAACAUCUCCCAACCGACGAAACCUUGGGUCCAGCAUCUCUUCAUUGCGGCUUGAUCCGGGGUGGCGAAGAGCCAUCCUCGUACCCUGCAAACUGUACCAUCACCAUAGAAUUCCGCACUGUCCCCUGUCAGACACAGCAAUCUAUCCUUGAUGACAUGAACACCUUGCUGGCGGAUAUUUCAAAGGAGAACCCCCGUUUCCGAUACGCAGCGCCUCGGGUCACCAUGUCUCGCCCGACGCAAAAGCUCCCCUUCGAUCACCCUCUGGCUCAGAGAGCGGCAGACAUUGCGACUCCAGUUUUUGGGUCCCGUCCUUCCGUCAAGAGCCAAGCAUUUUGGUGCGAUGCGGCACUGCUGGGUGAGGUUGGGGUUCCGUCAAUUGUAUUUGGUCCGGCUGGCCAUGGGUUACAUGCGAAAGAGGAAUAUGUCGAUGUAGAAAGUCUCAGGCAGAUGGAGCAGGUUUACAUCAGCCUUAUCUCAGACCUUUGUCAGUAACAUCUUGUAUUUUAGAUAUAGUCGUGUCUUGAGUAUAUAUAUAUUUUUCUUGAGGAAGAAUGGAAGUCGUGCGGAGCUUUCGAAUAUGGCCCUCAGUCC